CUGAGAGUGGACUCCAGCACGCAGUGCAGUGCCAUCCUCCCAGCCCUAGGCGGAGGGAGCCCUUGGCUCUCAGUGGGGUCGAAGCAGAGGCUCAGGUCCCAGGAAGCCCCCCCAACCCCGCCCCGCGAGAUGUGGAAUCCCCUUCAUGAAACCGACUGGACCUUUGUUGCUUGGCGCCGCACGCGCUGGCUCUGCACUGGGGCCCUGCUGGCCGCGGGACUCUUCAUCUUCGGCUUCCUCCUCGGAUGGUUUAUAAAAUCCUCCAACGAAGCUACUAACAUUGUUCCACAGCAUAACGUGAAGAAGGCAUUUUUGGAUGAAUUGAAAGCUGAGAACAUCAAAAAGUUCUUAUAUAAUUUUACACGGAUUCCACAUUUAGCAGGAACAGAACGAAACUUCCAGCUUGCAAAGCAAAUUCAAUCCCAGUGGAAAGAUUUUGGCUUGGAUUCUGUUGAGUUAGCCCAUUAUGAUGUCCUGUUGUCCUAUCCAAAUAAGAGUCAUCCCAACUACAUCUCAAUAAUUGAUGAAAAUGGAAAUGAGAUUUUCAACACAUCGUUAUUUGAGCCACCUCCUCCAGGAUAUGAAAAUGUUUCAGAUGUUGUGCCACCUUUUAGUGCUUUCUCUCCACAAGGAAUGCCAGAGGGUGAUUUGGUGUAUGUUAAUUACGCACGAACAGAAGACUUCUUUAAACUGGAGCGGGAUAUGAAAAUCAAUUGCUCUGGGAAGAUUGUGAUUGCCAGAUAUGGGAAAAUUUUUAGAGGAAAUAAGGUUAAAAACGCCCAGCUGGCAGGGGCCAAAGGAGUCAUUCUGUACUCGGACCCUGCUGACUACUUUGCUCCUGGGGUGGCAUCCUACCCAGAGGGCUGGAAUCUUCCGGGAGGCGGUGUUCAGCGUGGAAAUAUUUUAAAUCUUAAUGGGGCAGGGGACCCUCUCACACCUGGUUACCCAGCAAAUGAAUAUGCUUAUAGACGUGAACUCCCAGAGGCCGUUGGUCUUCCAAGUAUUCCUGUUCAUCCGAUUGGAUACCAUGAUGCACAGAAGUUCCUGGAAAAAAUGGGUGGAACAGCACCACCAGAUAGCAGCUGGAAAGGAAGUCUCAAAGUGCCUUACAAUGUUGGACCUGGCUUUACUGGAAAUUUUUCUACACAAAAAGUCAAGAUGCACAUCCAUUCCAACAAUAAGGUGACAAGGAUUUACAAUGUGAUUGGAACUCUCAGAGGAGCAGUGGAGCCAGACAGGUAUGUCAUUCUUGGAGGUCACCGUGACUCAUGGGUGUUUGGUGGCAUUGACCCUCAGAGUGGAGCAGCUGUUGUUCAUGAAAUUGUGAGGAGUUUUGGAAUUCUGAAAAAAGAAGGAUGGCAGCCUAGAAGAACAAUUUUGUUUGCAAGCUGGGAUGCAGAAGAAUUUGGUCUUCUUGGUUCUACUGAAUGGGCAGAGGAGAAUUCCAGACUCCUUCAGGAGCGCGGUGUGGCUUAUGUUAAUGCCGAUUCUUCUAUAGAAGGAAACUACACUCUGAGAGUUGAUUGCACCCCACUGAUGUUCAGCUUGGUAUACAACCUAACAAAGGAGCUUCGAAGUCCUGAUGAAGGCUUUGAAGGCAAAUCUCUCUAUGAGAGCUGGAAUAAAAAAAGCCCUUCACCAGUGCUUGCUGGCAUGCCCAGGAUUAGCAAGCUGGGAUCUGGUAAUGAUUUUGAGGUGUUCUUCCAAAGACUUGGGAUUGCUUCAGGCAGAGCACGGUAUACUAAAAAUUUGGAAAUAAACAAAUUCAGGAGCUAUCCACUGUAUCACAGUGUUUAUGAAACAUAUGAAUUGGUGGAAAAGUUUUAUGAUCCGACUUUUAAGUAUCACCAUGCUGUGGCCCAGGUUCGAGGAGGAAUGGUAUUUGAACUAGCCAAUUCCAUAGUGCUCCCUUUUGACUGUCAUGAUUAUGCGGUAGUUUUAAGAGAGUAUGCUGACAAUAUCUACAAUAUUUCAAUGAAACAUCCACAAGAAAUGAAAACAUACAGUGUGUCAUUUGAUUCAUUAUUUUCUGCAGUGAAGAACUUUACAGAAAUUGCUUCUAAGUUCAAUGAGAGACUCCAAGAUUUGGAUAAAAGCAACCCAAUAUUAUUGAGAAUUAUGAAUGAUCAACUGAUGUUUCUGGAACGAGCAUUUAUUGAUCCUUUAGGGUUACCAGAGAGGCCUUUCUAUAGGCAUGUCAUCUAUGCACCAAGCAACCACAACAAGUAUGCAGGGGAAUCAUUCCCAGGAAUUUAUGAUGCUCUGUUUGAUAUUGAAAACAAAGCAGAUCCUUCCAAGGCCUGGGGAGAAGUGAAGAGACAGAUUUCUAUUGCAGCCUUCACCGUGCAGGCUGCAGCAGGGACUCUGAGAGAAGUGGCCUAAGGUGCUUCUGUAGAGAACCCAUAAUGAAUAGGUAUGUUCUAUCACUCAGAACACCAUCAUGGGUGUAUCAACAAGAAAAAAUUAAAGUUGUAUACAUCCUAGUAUUUUUUGUUCUUUCUCCUCAUGGAUCAGGAAAGAGAGGUAGAUGAUUUUUAUUCUAUAAUCACAGAAGGUCAUUCUGAGGCUGAACUAUGUGUUAAAAUUAAGAAGAACAGCCUAAUAUGUUAAAACUCUUGUGUGGGGUUAUCAGGGCAUUAAGUGUAAUUCAGCACUUCUCAAUCUACUCCUGUCCAUGCACACCCAGGACACAUCGGUUUGUGUAAGAGCCCAAAGGACAACUCACAGGGUCCCUCCAAACCAGGCGCCUCAAGUCCUGCAUGGCCUCUGAGGCUGGGAGGUUACUCUCUUAUCACACUAGUUAGACAAUAUGUGCAUUGCAAAAUAAUAAGUAAAAUAGCAGGUGUAAACCUGCCCAACCCCUAUAACCAAAUGAAGAAACAGAACAUUGCCAAUAUCCUUGGUUCCCUCAAGUACUGUUGACCAGCGUUCCUUUCUCUUCUCCCAGAGAUACUCACAUUCUUGAAUUGUAUGUUGCUCUGUCCUGUUAUUUAUAAUUUUACCACAUGGCUAGAUCCCCUAUGUGUUUUUGGCCUUGGGUAUUUUUGAACUUUUUAUAAGUAAAAUUAUACCAUGUGCAUUAUUCUAGGACUUGAGUUUUUCACUAACAUUGAAGGUUGCUGCAUGCAUUAUUGUGACUGUAGUUCACCAGAUUUCAAUGAUACAGAGCAUGUUCACUUGCAUGAUUAUGACAUUUAUGAUUCAAGAUCUAGUCAAGGCAGAGAAACAUAAACAGGGAAUGUUAAUACAAAGAAUGAUUGCUCAAAAAAGCAUGAAACAAUGAAGUACUGUCUAGUAGAAGGUAAAGGGAACUCUAUAGAAUAGAAUAGCAGAAGCAAGAAGCGGUCACUGUCUCUAGGUCUGAGACUGAGCAGCCAGUGAAGAGUCUGUCCCCGCCCACCACGGGCUUCAUGGAAUAAGACAGCAACAGCUGUGAUGCUGCUCUAGCAGAACUUGCUGAAAUGUACAUCCCCAAACUCCCCAGAAUCUUAUACUUUAGACACUGUGAGAAGCUGUUUAUAGGGAAGUGUCUUGCCAGAGGCAUUCUUUGACAAAACCAGCCCAGGGCAACAUUGGAAGAAGCUCCUGCUGCUGGUUUUGCUGGCCACCUUGAACUGCAAGAAACAGGGAGGUGCUGUAGCAGCAGCAUGAUCUACAGGAUGGGGCAACAGUGAACCAAGUGCAGGGCAGGGACCAAGGGAAGUCAUUUGCAUGCAGGGGCCUGUCAAGAGAGCACGUGGGAACUAGAGAGGAAAACCGCUCCUUCCAAUGUUGCUUCAAUGCCUGCUGCUCAAAGUUUAACAUCAUGCCUCUUGACGAGAAAAGCAUUAUUUAAAGGGUCCAGAUGCAUUUACAAAGAGGGGCAAUGAAGAGUAAUUUGGAAGUAAUAAGUUGGAUCACUGACACAUAACAGAAUGUAUUUGUUCCUUUUUCUGCAGGUGGGCAUUUGGAAUGUUUUCUGUAUGUUGCUCCUAUGAACAUGUCUGCCAAUACAUUUUUAUAACAAAGGAUCAAAUAGGAAUCAUGUAUAAAGAGAAAAAGUGAUUAUAUAUGUUGAAGUUACUUUUCUGUCUCAGGGACAC